AUGCAAGACGUGAUCCUCCUCUUGCUUCUCAUGGCGCUCCUCGUCGUCGUGGGCAGCCUGCUCCGGCGUGCACCGCCGUUCAAGGAAAUGCAAACCCGCCUCGCCGCCGCCAAGUGGGCUCUCGUACGGGACUUCUCCGCUGCCUUGCGGCAGGACGUCGUCGUCACAGACCGUGUGACCGCGCACCACCUCCUCGUCCGCCGCGGUGCCGGGGGCGCGUUCUGCAACCGCCCGCCGACGAGCACGGCCAGCUCCGUCCUCUCGCGCCAGCGUCACCACAACAUAGGCUCGGCGCCCUACGGCGCGCUGUGGCGCGGCAUCCGCCGCAACCUCGUCUCGGAGGUCUUCCACCCGUCGCGCCUCCGCGUCUACGCCCCCGCCCGGCGCCGCGCGCUCUGCGGCCUCGUCGCGGACCUCCGGGAACAGUGCAAGUCGUCUAACGAUGGCUUGGUCUUUGCCGCACUCCCGGCGUUGACCGAGCUAAUCUACCGGGACCGGUGGAACAAGCUGGUCACACUCAGGCGGCAGCAGGAGGAGAUGUACCUCCCGCUCGUCAAUGCCCGGCGCGGCCUGCUGCGCCGCCCUUCCGGCGAAGCUCCAACCUAUGUGGACACGCUCAUCGAGCUCCUCGUCCCAGACGACAGCCACUUCGACUCCGGUGCAAAGGCUAGUAAGCAAAGGCUAACAGACGGCGAGUUGGUGGGGCUCUGCUCGGAGUUUCUUGGCGCCGGCACGGAGCCGGCGACGGCGGCGCUGCAGUGGGUCAUGGCCAACUUGGUGAAGCAUGUGGACGUGCAGGAGGCCGUCCGGAGCGAGAUCGACGCCUUCGUUGGAGCGGACGCCGAGGAGGUCAGUGAGGACGACCUCGGCAAGCUGGAGUACCUCAACGCUGUCCUCAUGGAGGCGCUGCGGCUGCACCCCACGGUGCCGUCGGUGGCCAGGCAGGUGAUGCCCGACGACCACGUCUUUCUCGACGGUCGUCGCGUCGCGGCGGGGACGACGGUGCAGUUCCCCCUGGAGCGUCUGGCGCGGGACGAGACGGCGUGGGCCGAGCCGGACAAGUUUGCACCGGAGAGGUUCCUUGCCGGCGGCGGGGGCGACGGCGUGAGCCUCGUGGCGGCGGCAGGAAGCGCCGGAGAGAUCAAGAUGAUGCCGUUCGGCGCCGGCAGGAGGAUGUGCCCCGGCAUGGGCGUGGCGAUGCUCCACCUUGGCUACUUCGUGGCAAACCUGGUGAGGGAGUUCGAGUGGACGGAGGCAGAAGGCGACCUCGCUGUCGACCUCGAGCCGCAGGUCGGGUUCUUGAACGUCAUGGAGCGGCCACUCCGUGCUCUGCUCAAGCUGCGGAAUAAAAGGGCCUGAGCUUCUGGAGCGAGCUUCUUCGGACCCAUAAACAGCGGUGAAGAGAAGCACUGACAAACCACGGUCUAUCUUUCUUUUGCGGCUUCCAUUAUCUAAGUUUAUUUAUUGUCUGAAUUGUUUGAUCAAAAGUCUAUAAUGCCCGACCGUAACUGUAAUUGUGUCCCAUCAUAAGUCUGCGCGGCAAGGGUCAGCCGUUGCUGAACUGUAUUUAUACUGAAGUCAUUUUAUAGGGUUGGACUAUAUC